AUGCUGGUAAUCGGCAGUGUUAUUUCCACUAUCCUGAUACAAGGGACGCUUGCAGUUGUGAACCACUGCGGUGUAGGUUGGAUUUACCACAACGAAGCAUGCUAUUUCUUUUCAAACGAUACAGACACCUGGGUGGAGGCGUUCUAUUACUGCCAAAUAUAUGACAGUCAGCUAGUAUCGAUUACGGACCAAAACGAAAACAAUUUCUUGAAGACAGAACUACGACAUCGCCAUGCUGCAGAUUCUGAUUGGAACAUCUGCUAUUUUACGUCUGGAACGGAUGCACCAGCAGAGGGUCAUUGGGAAUGGACGCCAUCUCGCGAUCCAUUUACAUUUACCGAUUGGCGACCCGGGGAGCCAAGUAAUGGCGGUGGCUUAGAAAAUUGCCUCUGUUUGUACAAAGCACAUGACUUUCAAUGGAAUGAUCGAAACUGUCAUAACCAAGAUCAUUUCAUUUGCAAAGCACCGUAA